GAACCAUUUUCGUCUGUACACACUCUCUCUCUUCGUCGUCUGUACUCUGUAAACUCUAGCAAUGGAUCGCACACAGAUUCUUCUGCUAGGGUUACCGCUCUUCCUCUUCUGCACCGACCUCCUAAACCUCUUCGCUCCACCUCCACCUCCGCCCCAUAAGCCUCCCCACCAUCACCAUCACCAUCACCACCUUCAACACCAACCAUCACCAGUUGCCAAAGACUUCCCCUCACAGAAACCAAGCGCUGUUGGACUCGGAGCCGGCAGCACAGUCAAGAUUAGUUUCUGCACCUCUUGCUCUUACAAGGGGAAUGCACUAACAAUAACAAAGAUGUUGGAGUCUUCUUUUCCUGGAAUUCAUGUUGUUCUUUCGAAUCACCCCCCACCCCUUCCAAAGCGUGUGCUCAGCAAGUUGGUUCCCGUUGCUCAAGUUGGAGUUUUUGGGAUAGUAAUGGCGGGCGAGCACAUUUUUCCAAUGUUGGGGAUUAUGACACCCCCGCCUUGGUAUUACUCUCUGCGUGCAAAUAGAUUUGGGACCAUUGCAUCCACUUGGCUUCUUGGCAAUGCAUUGCAGUCUUUCCUCCAAGGCACUGGUGCUUUUGAAGUUUUCCUCAACGAUGAAUUGGUUUUCUCUAAGCUGAAGGAGGGAAGAUUCCCAGGUGAGAUUGAACUAAGGGAUGACAUUGCCGCGAAGUUGGGUAGUUCAAGAAUCACAGAUGGCCUUGGAGCUGCAGCUCCCUAGUCUUUCAGUUGGGUUUUGUAAGUCUGAAUCCUUGCGGUUGGAGUUGUAAUCUUGCAUAAGUUAAAGACUUCAAGCUGGUUGAGUAGCAGGUUCAAGGCUUCAAGCUGGGUGGUGCCAUGACUUGUUACCUGUCAUACAAAGUACAAACCUCAAUUGAAUGUUUUGCAGAUAGGUUGUGCCUAUGAUAAUCAUAUUAUGCAUAUUAACCGAGACAGGCUGAAACUUGUUAGGCAAUUUCGUUUGAUGGAAUAUAAUUCCCGUAUUUACUCAAAA